CCCGGGGGCUCCGGCGGCGCCGCGGCUGCGGGGGCCCCCGGCGAGGGCGCCGCCGCGGGCAGCGGCGCCACCCGGCUGGGGCCCCGCGAGGAGCUGCUGCGCCGGCAGCGGGAGGAAGAGCUGCGGCGCAAGGAGGUGGAGGAGGCGCGGCGCGACGAUCUCACGGUGCUGGUGCUGAACUUGUCGCUGAAAGCCGAUGAAAGGCACAUUUACGAAUUCUUUUCCGCAAAUGCCGGCAAAAUCCGCGAUAUUCAACAAAUCCGAGACCAGCGGUCCGGCGUUUCCAAGGGGGUCGCCUACGUCGAGUUCUACACCCAGGAAGCCGUCAUCAAAGCCAUGGCGCUCAACGGCAUUUCCUUCAAAGGACAGCCCCUCAGAGUCCAGGCUUCAAUGGCUGAAAAAAACAGAGCCGCCAGAGCCGCCAAGUGCCCAGUCACUCCCGCGCCCGACGCGGCCUCGCUGCAGAUUCCCAUGCGGGUGUACGUCGGCGGGCUGGUGGGGAACCUCGCGAGUUUGACCAAAGACGAUCUGCACGCGCUCUUUUCUCCCUUCGGCGCCAUUCAAGAAAUCCUCAUUCCCACGGACCCGAACACGGGGGAAGGCGUCGGCUUCGCCUUCAUCAUGUUCUCCGCCACCGGCGACGCCCACGAGUGUUGA